AUGAUAUUUAAAUUCAUGGAGGAAAUCCCAAAGGAUUUGAAAAAAUCUGUAGAGAAAUUAUCAACCCAGGUGUCAGAUACAAAUGAAUUUUAUACAGUUAUACAAAAUAUUUAUGAUUAUGCUAUAGAAAAUUCUGAGCAGCUGGCAAGGAAGAAGAUAAAGGCUUGUCAGGACUUAGGGUCUAAUUCCAAAACUAUUUUCCAGUUAAAAGGUGUUUCUGUUUUGUCACCAAUUAGGAAAAAAUUGGAUUUUGCUAUAGCUCUUAACUCACUUGACAAUUCUUUUCAAAUUUUAUUUUUAAAAGAUAAUAGUGUUCAAUUUGGUAUUCAAAACCUUAACACAAAUAUUAAAUUUGCCACCUUUUUACCUGCUCCUGAAAAGGAAAACAUCGUGUAUUUGAUUAUAUCUUAUGAUGAGUCUUUUAAUGGUACAAAGUUUUGUGAGCCCAUAUUAAUAGCAUUGAACAAAACUGCUGUCAUAUCACAAUUAAAAGAAAAUAAAGCAGCUGAAAUUUCCACUUUUCAAGAUUGUCGUGAUUAUAUACGCAAGCAAGCUAUACUAACUGGCUUCCGUAUUGCAGAUACGUUUAAUAAUAAUAAUAUUGACACUGAAUCUAUUUCUUCAUUUUAUGUUAAUUGCCAUAGAACUACUAAGGAGGGAACCUUAUAUUUCCUACCUGAUAACAUUAUAUUUGGUUUUAAGAAGCCUAUAUUAAUUUUUAAUACAGACGAAAUUGAUUCUAUUACUUAUUCUUCAAUUACAAGAUUAACCUUCAACGUUACGUUAGUUUUAAAAUCUGGAGAAAAAUAUGAAUUUUCAAUGAUCGAUCAAGCCGAAUAUGGUAAAAUAGAUCAAUAUGUAAAGAGUAAGGAAGUUAAAGAUAAAUCUAUGUCUGAAGAGUUAAAGGCCAAAAUUAAAUUAAAGUCCAAUAUUAAUAGCACUCAAGGUGAUGGAAAAUCUGCCUUGGUGACAGCUACUAAUGAAAUAAAUAAUGGCAAGGAUAUUAAAAAUAUAAAUAGUAUGAAUCUAGAUUCUGAUGAUGAUGCUGAAGAUGAAAAUUUUGUUGGUGAAAGUGAUUUAUCAGAUGGGAGCGAAAUUACAGAUAUGGAGAAAGAAGAAGAGGAAGGAGAAGAAGGGGAAGAGGAAGAGGAAACGAAUGAAGAAACACAUAACAAAUACGGCAUAAUUAACGAUUUUCAUAGACUAAAAGCAAAUGAAUUCGACAUAAAUAUCGAAGAUGAAGAAGAUGACGAAAAUUCUGGUGCAGAAUAUGAUUAG